CAGCAGGAGACGGAGUGGGAGCCGCGCUCCACAACAGCUGAAAGCCUUACACCAAGAGCUCAGCAUGUCCUCAGCUCGGCAACUGUGAGAUCAGCCCAACGCAGUUGACAUCCUCCUCCGAAGAUAUAGCGCUGGAGAGAAAAAUAUGUGUAUCUAUUAUAUAUAUAGAUAAUAUAUAUAUUACCACCCAUCAAUUAACCGAUCCAGCUCUUCGCAUCCUCUCAAUCCCGAAAGGAUGGCUGAUCCUGUGGUUGUGAAGAGCCUGCUGUAGUACACACCCAGCUAGAUCUCAGUCUCUCUUGAAGUGGAAGAUGUGGCUUAGCAUGGUGACUACUUACUACGGCCCUCAGUCUAAUGAACUCAGAGAGCUGACUGUGAUACCAUGGUGACUCUUUUAAUGAAAGAUCUGGAAAACAGCAGCUUGGAUUAUGGUAUUCACAUUUUCACCAGAGAACUGCACAGUCCAAAGAAGAUGAGUAAAGGACCCACUCUCCUUUCGUGUGGAAUUAUGGAGGGUGAUCGGUGGAAAGACCUCAACAGGAAGUGUCAAAUUGACCUUGAGCAAACCACCAGUAAUCUGGAUCAACCUUGGCCUUGUUUGACUGGCUCAGAUGAGUAUCAGGAGAACGCAGUCUGGCCAAGUGAUGCAACUACAACGUCUGCUGUGACCAGUUUGAUCAAGGACCUCAGCAUCACUGACCGAAGCAGCAACCCGACAGCACCUCCCAGCAAGCGACAGUGUAGGUCGCUCUCAUUUUCGGACGAACUCUCGAGCUGUCGGUCUCCGUGGAAACCAAGUGGGUCAAAGGUGUGGACUCCAGUAGAUAAAAGACGCUGCCACAGUGGGAGUAGCGUGCAACAUUGUUCGAACGGGGUGUCUACAAUGCAGAGGAGUUCGAGUUUUAGUCUGCCUUCAAGAUCCAACAUCUUUUCUUUUCCGUGUGAUCCCUUGGCUACCAGCAACCGGUCUGCGUGCCCUCGGGCCCAGGGCUUCUGCAACUCAGCCACUUGCGGAAGGUUUGAAGAUGAUUUGCACCCUGGUUCCAGUUCGGGGAUCGCCUCCAAAGUCGAUCUGCUCCGACCCCUUUCUGCGUCUCAUGAGCAGAUAUCUGUGCUGGAGCUCAGCAAGCCAUCCACGAGUGCAGCGUCUGUGACAGCGCCAGACCCCUCGCAGACCAGCCGCCUGCUCCGAUGCAGGUCCCAGCCGUGCGUCCACAACGAUCAGAAAAUUGGGAUGAAACGCCGGCGACCAGAAGAGCAGAGGCCGUCCCUUGACCUUGCCAAGAUGACUCAGAACCUCAGGAACUUUCACAGCCCCAACUCCGCGGGCAGCACUGGGAACGAUGGCUGCCAGUGGGAACUGAAUGCACCGACGGGAAAGGCGUGGACGUCCCGCCUUUAUGACUCUUCUCCCCAUCCUGGCGCAACACCCACCUGCAGUCCUGAACCACAGUAUCACGUGGACUUGGAGAAGCCCUCCACCGGCAAAGGGGAAACCAGCAGGGAGGAAACAAAAGUGUUUGGAACUGUGAAGCAAAGCUGUCAAAGAGGCAAGAACGAUAAAGAUUCAUGGAGGAGUGGAAAUGAAAUACAGGACGUAUUUCAGCUGGAUGGUGAACUAGACAUUGAGCAAAUAGAAAACAACUAAGUUUUCAGGUUCUAGAGUGCAUGAGCAGAAGUGAUCUAUAAAACUCUGCAGUUUGUUGCAUUUUUUAGUGUUUUGAAUAGUGCUUCAAGGCACUUUGUGAAAAGCUUCAUAUCUAACAUGCCCAUACCUAAAAGAUGAGCUUGCCAGCAGAGGGUCAGAAAGUCAUGGUUUAAUGGGGCAAUCAGUUGGUAAUUAUUAGUUUAACCUGUUUGUGAUACAGCAGUUAAAAUUGUCCAUGUCCUGGAGGUGGAAAGCUCAACAGGGUCACACUGCACAUUUUCAAUACAAGCCUAAUCAUAGUUUUUAAAAAUAUUCAAUACAAUGUUAAUGACAUUUCUAAUUUUUGUUUAGUAGGUGUCCCUUCAUCACUCACACCCCACCAAAUCCAGUAAAUGAAAGUCUAACAAAUGCCAACUUUACACCCCAAACUGUGAUCUCAGUGGAUUCAUGCCACAAAUUCAAUCUGUCACAUGCUACAUACUUGCAUUCUUCUUGUUUGAGAUGCAUUUUCUUCAUCUAUACCCACUUUUUUUUAAGGUCUUAUUGACGUUUAUUUUGUGCGUCUUUUCAUUUUCUUUCGUGCAAGUGAACCUUUUUGCUAUCCUUUCCUCGGGCGCAGUGCGUGAAAACAGGCUGCUCUGGUUUUGACUGUUGGCAACACUCUCCAGCAUGUUUGUACUACUGAUGCCUGUACAGAUAUUCCUUCCUCCCACUUCCAGGGUGUGGAAAAGGAAGAGAGGAGCCCAACCUGGGUCUGUAUUAUCUUUGCACUUGCUGGCAUAGAGACGUGGUGGUAUUGUCUUUCAGAAUGAACACAGGCACAGCGGCUGCCUUCUGUGCUGCAAGUUUCCACAGAGCGGCUGUUAUCUUUACAAGGCUUAUCGAUAGGCUCCCAGCCAAAUGUCAUUAACAAUCUUAAAUGGGAGUUGCUCCAGAUUUUGACAAUAAGGAGAGAAGAGAGAUAGAUUAAUUAAUAUUAUCAGUGUAAUUCAAAAAUAUUAUACUGGCUUGGAAUGAUAAGUAAGAGGAGUUCUUAUAUAAAUACAUACAGGUUGAAAAUGUACUACUUAUGGAAGUUACCUGAAAUCCUGCCAAAAUCAGGAGAGUUGGCAUCACUAACUUUGGAUGCCACCAGAUUUCUGGUUGUGUCUACUGUAGACUCAGGGUGUCCAUAACGGACUUGUAUUAUGACCAUUUUAAAGAAAACCCACUCGGCAUUGUUAGUUUAUAUUAAAAUUGUUCAACACAGUGCAAGGGUUAUUUUCUAUCACUGACAUUUAACUAAGUGUUUCAGUCUCAUCCUUCGCGAUCAGCUUAAAUGAAAAUUAGUUCUAUUGGACAUUAAAGGUAAAACCAGUGCUUUUGGUAUCAAGUGAACCUGGAGGGAAUAGAUAACAAUAAAUGAGGCAAGGUUAUGGAGAGCCUGCACUUUUGUGAGUGUGACAUUCUUUGUUAGGAUAUUGCAUUUUCUGGAAUUACAGGAAUUCCAAGAAAAAGCACUUGAAAGUAUUUUAAACUUUUUUUUCCAAAUGUAGACCAAGCAAUAUUUAUCCCUGUACAGUACUACCUGCAUGUGCAAAGGAAUCUGAUGGGAGCACAAUCAAUUGUUUUAUUUUAAGACCUAGCAACUCAUGAAAUGCUGUCAAGUACACGAGCAGCGCCACAAAAUGCAGUGGUCAAAUGCAUUUUUCAGACCAUUAGUAGCAGCAAUAAUGCAACAUGGCAUAACCUGUUUGCCUUACUUCAAAAGCUUAUACAAUAAACGCUACAGUUAUAUGUGGCGAAUCUGGGCAUUUUAAACAUAAUGGAAUUUAUGCUAGCAAAUCUGGGUGCAUAUUCUGUAUAAAAAGACUGCUUACAUGCAGUGAAAACAUGGGCUACAGUUGCUGAAAUGAUUCGGAGAACACUACUGCUUGUAACAUGGUUUUUACCUAGACGCAAGAUUUUUUUCAAGAUGCAGGACAUGUUCUGAAUCAGUAAAUCUGAUUGCUAUAAAGUGUCUUCAGCAAAACUGUAUCACUUCCUGUUUUACAAAGGCUGUUCUCAACUUUCAAUAAAAAAACUUAAGUUAAAAAAAAAGACAACU